AUGUGGUAUAAGCGUAACGAGCAACAUUAUCGCGUGGCUCUGUUUUUCAGUGCAGCUUCGCUGGCAGGUGCCUUUGGUGGUAUUUUGGCUUGGGCAAUUUCUCACAUGAAAGGUGUGGGAAACUUGAAUGGUUGGAGAUGGAUCUUCAUUCUGGAAGGACUGUUGACCAUUGUCGUUUCAAUCAUCGCCUAUUUCUGGGUGUACAACUACCCAUCAACAGCCGAGUUUCUAUCAAAGGAAGAACGGGAGUUCAUCCAAUUGCGUCUGAAAAAUGACAGCGAUGCCACCCGGGAUGAGGAAUUCACCUGGUCGGCAGUAGUAGAUGCAUUCAAAGACCCCAAGGUCUGGCUGUAUGGACUUGGAUUCCACACCAUGUCUUUGCCACUAUACACGUUAUCUCUCUUCCUUCCAACAAUCAUCAAAGAGCUCGGAUACUCAGCGGCAAAGGCCCAGCUACUUUCCGUGCCACCGUAUGCGGUGGCAUUCUUCAUGACCAUUGGAGUUGCGAUUGCUUCUGAGAAGACUCGCAGUCGGGCGCCAUUUAUCAUGGGAUCAUCCGCUAUUGGAUGUAUCGGAUAUAUCCUCCUGCUCUCACAGCACCGUGCUGGAGUGUCUUACGUUGGAACCAUCUUCGCUGCGGCAGGCAUUUACCCAGCUGUGGCCAUUGUGCUGUCUUGGCCCGCUAAUAAUGUAUCUGGCCAGACUAAACGCUGCAUUGCCAACGCCAUGCAGAUAUCAAUUGGCAAUUUGGGUGCGGUCCUUGGAACCCAGCUAUACCGCACCGAGAGUAGCCCGCGGUAUUUCCUGGGUCAUGGGUUUGCCUUGGGAUAUCUGGUUGCCAACAUUGUGGUUGUUGGGGUCCUGUGGAAGGUUCUCCGACGGGAGAAUUCCGAGAAGGAGCGUCUGAGAGAAAUCCAUGGAUUAAGUCCUUUGAUGGGAGAUGUAGGUGAUGCCGAGGGAGAAUUCCAAGGCGAUAAAGAUCCUCGUUGGGUAUUCCAAACUUGA